GAAAGAAGUGAGGGAGGAGCAGACUAGGAGGAUUGUUUUUUUUUUUUUUCAUCCGAUUAGUUUUGUGUCUGCUUUUGUAGAAGAACUAAAAGACUACACAGAGAACUGAAAAUAAAUAUGUAUCAAUUAUACAUCGGAUUUUGUGUGAUUUUGUCCCUAUUCCAUGGGGGCCGUACACAAAUCUUUCAAGAAGGAGAGGACGUAACAGUCAAAUGUGACCCCGCAUUGUCCGGCUUGUCGUUUUUCUGGUUUCGAAUAAACAAAGAUGGCCCAGCGUUCUUAGUUACUAAUAAAAACACAGGAAUAAAGGUCAAUGUUAAAGAAAAAUACAAAGUUAUUCAGACUAGUGGAAAGAUGUGUUUGUCCAUUCGGUCUUUCGAGAAGGAUAAAGACAGUGGUAUGUACAGCUGUGCAACAUACAACAGAAAUCAGCUCAUCUUUGGAGAUCUCUAUUAUAUUAAAGGGCAACCAGAUCCAACAACACAACCUCCAAAAAUUGCUUCAGUAACAAAGGCAAAGCCAGAGGUGUUGACUACAGCAAAAGUGCAGUGUCCAUGCGAGAAACAAGAAUCAAGAUCUGCACUGCUUUGUGAGACUUGGAUAUUUUCAUCUUUGGCUGCUGGCUGCGGCCUGCUCCUUAUUCUGCUGAUCAUCACAAUUGUGUACUGCGACUGUUUAAGAACAAGACAUUGUCCACAUAAUUACAAAACACAACCUCAAAGCAGACCAGCUGGCCAUGCUAAUCUGCCCAACAACCACGUCUAGUGCCGGUAAAUACACAGGAAAGUCCAAGGACUUCAAAUAUUUUAUUUUGAAUUUUGUUAUCAUCUCAGUAUGUUAUAGUUAAAAUCAGAGCACUUUCAAGACUAUUAGGUUGAGCCUUAGUUGAAAAUCUUUGAAAGAUUUUUUCAGUGACUGCAAAGUCUUAUAAUUGUAUCUUAACUUGUGUCGUCUUUGUAUUUCCUUUGCAUUGUAUAGCUGUUAUAUUUAAGACAUGGGUAACUUAUGUUUUUGUGGUUUUUAUUAUUCUCAAUUGAUGACUAAAUGUUUUAUAAUCAAUUUUGAUUUAAGGUGUGUGUUAAGUUUGCAAUUAAAACUUGUUCCUCGUUACAUCAUGUGGCACUGCAAUGCAGCCUGUACUUUGUGUGUGAAUUGUAAUUUUUAAAAGAGCUAAUCUGCCCUCUAUUGGCUAGAACUUCAGAACAAUAAACAUCACACACUGUAUGUGCAGAACCACUUACAGAACACAGAGAAGUCACAAAAAAGCACUGUAUCAAUUCAGGGAAAAUAAUAAUAAUAAUAAUAAUAAUAAUAAUAAUAAUAAUUCUUGUCUCGCAUUUCAGCUUCACAGAAAAAUGCAGUUGUUACAAAAUGCGUCCUGUUCAUACAUAUUUCUACAUUCAGUGGAUUUAAAAAAUAAAAAUGUGCUUGGAUGAGGUAAUCACCACGUAUGAGUAAAUAGGCCUUCUGUAGACAAGAUUUAACCAAAGUAUGGUGUUAUUAAAACACAUAAAUACUGAAAUCUUAGUUAACUUACACUUGACAGCCAAAUCAUGCCACAAAUGCUCUAAAUGAUUGGAUCAACAGACUGACCUUCCCUCUGUCCAUCCGUCCAUCCAUCCUAUCAAAUUAGGCCUUCAGCUACAGCAAUAUUUAUCAACGUGUUCAGUGGAAAUAAACGGUAAAAUACGAAUGGAAAAACCUGGGGUAUUACGUUUAUGUCAAAAUAUGCUUUGUGGCAUCAGCAGUAGAUAACUUUUCAAAAAUGAG